AUGACGGUGAGCCCGCCACUCAUCAGCAAACCCACCAAUGCGGAGCCAUUGAAACGUUCUGGCAAACUGGAGGAGUAUAGGCACAAAAUCAGCGUGCCGGCCAUUGGCACGGAAUUCCUCGAUGUGGAUCUUGUGGGGCUGAUGGAGGCACCCAAUGCUGAUGAACUUCUGCGAGACAUCGCCGUACUUGUCUCUGAGCGGGGGGUAGUCAUGUUCCGCAACCAAACUCGUCUGGACGCGGAGAAGCACAAGGAGCUCAUUGACAGACUUGGUGCUCUUUCUGGCCGACCCAAGGCAAAUGGACUCCUGAAGCACGUUUUGCAUCCUUUCUACGACGAUGAUCCAGAGGUCAUCACGUUGAUCCCGGAGCGGGUUGCAUCACGCUACGGUUUCACCGAGUCCAGCUACAAGCGACAAAACCAUUCCAAGGAGUGGCAUACGGACAUGGCGUUUGAGAAAGACCCUCCGGCAUACUCCUCGUUGAAGCUUGCGGAUGUGCCUAAAACAGGUGGUGACACAAUGUGGGUCUCACUUUACGAUGCGUACGACCGUCUAAGCGCCCCUUUUCAACGAUUGUUCGAAGGUCUCACGGCCACCUGGGCCAUGCCAUCUUAUCGGACCUACGAGAAGGACCCCAAAUCCUACAAGGGCCCUCGUGGAUCCCCGCGAAACGCGGACUUUGAUUUCGAGGCCAUUCAUCCUUGUGUGCGCACCAACCCAGUCACGGGCUGGAAGGCCUUAUGGGUGGGCGGGGGCCAUUGUGCCUUCGUCAACAACGUGACGCCGGAGGAAAAUUCCGACCUGAUGAAUGUGGUGCAGCGGUUAAUCACGGCCAACCACGACAUCCAGGUUCGGUAUCGUUGGGAGCACAGCAACGACAUUGCCAUUUGGGACAAUCGAUGCUGUCUGCAUAUCCCCACCCGUGACCAAGAAGGCAAGAGACUCGGGUACCGGGUGCUGUCCGUCGGAGAAACCCCCUAUUACGACCCGAAGAGCAUCUCCAAGCUCGAGGAGAUGGAAGCGUUGUAUCCAGAACGCCUCACGGACAAGGAUUGGAGGACCGCUAACCUGCUGGGAGCGAAUGGGAGUGGCACCAAAGACUAUCGGUGGUCAGCUUGA